AUGACGACGCUUUUUAUUAAUACAUUGAAGGCCACAUUCAUUACUCACAUGUUGGGAAGUGCUUCAAAGAAUUUCUCGGAUAUAAUCAUGAAUGGUGAAAUGAUUGAGCAUGCCAUUAAAAGUGGAAGAAUAGAUGGAGGGGAGAAUAAUAGAAGGGCAGCCCCGAGGAAAAGAGAAAAUGAAGUGAAUAAUGUGAAUGCCUACGGUAGGUCAAUUACUGUGAAUCAACCAAAGAAAGUGGCUGCUAAUCAACCGGGAUCGUCAAGACAAGAGUCGAGAGCUAGGCAAACUACUGAAAAGCCCCAAUUCACGCCAAUCCCAAUGUCAUACAAGGAAUUGUAUCAGACUUUAUUCAAUGCACAUGUUGUCACCCCUCGUUACUUGAGUCCUCUACAACCCCCGUAUCCAAAAUGGUAUGACACGAAUGCACAAUGUGAUUAUCACGCGAAAAUUUCAGGGCACUCAAUAGAAAAUUGUACAGCUUUCAAGAAGGUAGUGGAAGGACUUAUCAAGUUAGGUGUUGUUAAACUUGACGACUCACCUAACGCAGAAAAUUUGUUACCUAAUCACGCUGAUAAGGGGGUGAAUAUGGUGAGCGAAGGUACGAGUGGAGAAGUCAAGUCUGACAUUGCUGAAGUAAAAACUCCGUUGAAACGGGUCUGGAAAGAGAUGGCAAAGAGAGGGGCUUUGGUUCAAAGCAUGAUGGAUAACAAGGAGAUGACGUUUUAUGAAGAGGCGGAAGAAAGGAGGAGCAUAUGCGCGACAGAGUCAGGAACAGGAACUCCGAAAAUAAAUCAUCCUGUGGUCGUUAUCUCAUGCCCUAAGGGUAAUGAAACUAGGGCUCAGGCAACACCGAAAGUUGUAAUUCAAAAACCAUUAAAUUUCUUGUAUAAGGAUAGCAAAAUGGUGCCGUGGAAUUAUGGGUGCAAUGUGACCAUCUUGGGAAAAGAAGCGGAAGAAAGCCAGGAAAUAGGUUCUUACACACGCAAUAGGAAACGAUAUGACACUCAAGCAGAGUCGUCCAGGGAAGAGAAUUGGAAGAAAGAACAGAGGAAAGGAAAAGCAGCAGGAGUUGAACCAUUGGUUAAUGAACCAAUAAAAGAAGAGGAGGCAAAAGAGUUUUUGAAGUUUCUGAAGCACAGUGAAUACAGUGUUGUGGAGCAACUGCACAAACAGCCAGCCCGCAUUUCUGUAUUAGCUUUACUUCUAAGCUCAGAAAUACAUCGGAAUGCGCUUCUGAAGGUACUAAACGAAACAUAUGUGGCCGACGAUAUAUCGGUAAACAAGCUAGAUCGGUUGAUCAACAACAUAGGCGCUGAUAAUUUUAUCUUCUUCAAUGAUGACGAAAUACCAUCCGGAGGAAGGGGUUCUACUAAAGCCCCGCGUUCAUCGUCCGAUGCAAAGGAUACACACUCCCGGGAGCCCUGGUUGAUAAUGGAUCUGCACUGA